GCAAGCGUCAAAAUGGUAGUUUAUAUCGUCUGCUGACUUAGACUUCCACAUAUAACUUGGCUGGUGUGUAUCUUGGGAUUCUGGUUUCGGUGGUGUCAGACUAAUGGGAGAUAAAUCUUCUAUUGGAUUGGAUGCCAAUCUAUAGUAGUAUAAAUCAGUGAUUUCUUGGAAACAUUAGAAGACUUGCAGCCAUGGAUACUUUGUUCAUAAGCCAAACAUGCUGCAGUCCACUUUGCCAACAUCCUUAUUGUUGGAAAUCUGCAAAUAAAAUAGAAUAUUGCUGUCCUGUGAAUACACAAGGAAAAUGUUCACAAACGUCACAUAAUGGAGACCAAAUCAUCAAAGAUAACGAAAUUAUAGCUCCAAUACCAGUAUUAGAUUUAGCAAGUUCGGUUGCACUGAAAAAUAACUACACACCAGUGAAGCACGCCAAUUGUAAAUUUUGGAAACGUAUUGCUCUAAUGAAAUCCAAAUCACUGACAAAUCAGAGUAAUAAUACUAAUAAAUGUCACAAAAAGGAAAAUAAAGUGAUAAAUGUAUGUAUGGUGGAAAGUCAUGUUUUGAACGCAAGCUCAUCUUCGGACAAUAAACAUUUUCGGAACCAAAUGAAUCCUGAACAUAUCUUGAUUCUUCCUAAAGGGAAAAAGAAAAACAAAAGAGUGCGAAAACCUUUGACAAAUUUUUAUGAUGCAUCACCUUUCUUCCAGAACAAUUCAAAAGAAAUAACAAGCAGCAUAUACUGUUAUAUUGAUUAUGUCCACCCGAUUAAUAAAAGAUCAAAAGAUUGCGGUUUUGAAGUGGUUCUGCACAAAGUUAUCUGGCAGCUCGAAUUUGUUCCUUAA